GGGUAGUGGCGCUGUCAACGAAGUUGGAGAAUGUAUGUUGUCUCAUUUUCUGUGUGGUGUGACUUGUUUCUCCAUAACUAACAAAUAGUUAAACUUGGAACUUGCUGUUUUUGUUAAUGGUACAUUUUGAUUAUUACGUUCGGUGUUUUGGUCAGUAAGUUAUUUCAAGAGUAUGCCAUUAUAUAAAGUAAAAGUAAAGUGGGGAAAAGAAGUCUUUCCAGAUGUUGAAGUGAAUACUGAUGAAGUACCAAUGGUUUUCAAGGCCCAGUUGUUUGCUUUGACAGGUGUGCAACCUGACAGACAAAAGGUGAUGUUAAAAGGAGUUACGUUAAAGGAUGAAAGUUGGGGAAAUUUGAAGCUUAAAGAUGGUGCAACUGUGUUGCUGAUGGGAAGUAAAGAAGAACUUCCUGGCGAGCCAACUGAAAAACCAGUUUUUAUGGAAGACAUGACUGAAAGUGAACUAGCUACUGCUUUGGAUCUUCCGGCUGGACUAACAAAUCUAGGAAACACAUGUUACAUGAAUGCAACAGUACAAUGUUUACGUACUGUCCCUGAACUGAGAGAUGUCUUAAGAAACUUUCAGGGUGGGAUCACUUUAGCAGGUUCAAUGGUACCUUCUCAAUCAAUUACUGCAGCUUUGAGAGACCUGUAUGAGUCUAUGGACAAAACAGCUACCAUUCCUCCAAUAAUCCUGCUUCAAGUAUUACAUAUGGCUUUUCCUAGAUUUGCAGAAAAAUCUGAACAUGGUGGAUUUGAGCAGCAAGAUGCUAAUGAAUGUUGGACAGAAGUUAUGCGUAUGCUGCAGCAAAAACUUCCACCAGUUUCUAGUCUAGCCACAAGUGAUCCAUCAACAGAAGGAGCUGUUUCCUCUAACAGUUGUAAUUUUAUUGAUCAGUAUUUUGGAGGAACAUUUGAUGUCAGCCUGAAGUGUGUGGAGUCUGAUGAUGAAAAGGAGGCAGAAAGCAAGGAAAACUUUCUUCAGCUUAGUUGUUUUAUAUCGCAAGAUGUGAAAUACCUGCAUUCUGGUUUAAAAUCUAGGCUUCAAGAAACAAUAACAAAGUAUUCACCCACGUUAAAUCGAGAUGCUCAAUACCAAAAGAAGAGUGUGAUUAGCCGUCUCCCAGCCUACCUCACCAUUCAGUUUGUUCGGUUCUACUACAAAGAAAAGGGCUCUAUCAAUGCAAAAAUUCUGAAAGAUGUCAAAUUUCCUUUACGACUGGAUGCUUUUGACUUGUGCUCCAAAGAGCUACAGCAGAAGUUGAUGCCAAUGAGAGCUCGCUUCAAAGAGCAAGAAGACAAGCUUGCUGAAGAAACUCAAAAGGAUAAGUGUAAAGAGGAAUCGAAAAGAAAAUCUCCAAAACUGACGAGGGAAGAACCAUUCUCUUUCCCUGAUGAUCCUGGCUCUAACAAUAGUGGAUAUUAUGAUUUGCAAGCAGUACUUACCCACAGGGGGCGUUCAAGUUCUAGUGGUCACUACGUGUCUUGGAUAAAAAGGAAAGGAGAUGAGUGGUUCAAGUGUGAUGAUGACAAAGUGUCAGUAGUUACUUCAGAGGAAAUCCUCAAGUUGUCUGGGGGAGGUGAUUGGCACUGUGCAUAUGUUCUACUGUAUGGUCCACGUAUUCUUGAAGUAGAAAAGGAAGAAGGGACUGAAGACAUUGAAGCUUCUUGAAGACUCAUGUUAAUAGACACUUGCACAAAAUAUUCUAUGCUGUAGUGUCAUGGCCUUAUCUUUGGUAUUUUCCUGUUAUUCAGCUUAUCCCAAAUGCCACAAGAUAUACCUUUAGAAAUUAUUGUAUAUCACUUAACCAACAAUGAAAAAGAAAGACACUAACAGUUACUGUAACAUUGUUCACAUCUGUAGAAAUUAAGGAGCUUCUAACUCUCUCUAUAUAUAGAUAUAUUUAUAUACCUUCUGUAUGUAAUUCAAAAUUUUUAGGUAUAGUGUGUCAUUUAUAGGUACUAAGUUUAUGCAGGAAAACAAUUUUUACGUGUACCGAGUAUUAACAAAUAAUACAAAAUAUCUUCUUCUUCUUAGUUAUUUCUUUCAACUGAGAAAUUACCCUUGAUUUAUCUUUAAAUUUGUACUCUUUUUUUUUUUCUAGACAUUUCCUGUUAGUAACUCUUGCAAAUUUAUAAUCUGUCCCUCUGGAACUUUGUCCUUUAAUCUGUAUACAGGUAGUUUUAUUAUAUACAUGCAGUGUCUUAUUAACAUCAGUGAGUUACGUAGGAGCUGAAGAUGUUAUGAUUUUUUAUUGCAAUGUUUUCAUUUGUUUCCAAUAAAUUUGUAAAAAUAAAAAUGUAAUGUACAUGUGA